AUGAAGGAUUUUGGCGAGACCUCGUGUUUGAUUUUGUCACUGAAUGUUAAUUCUAGAGGUAGAUCACAAGACAGGAACUCAAACAGAGGAAUAUCAAAAUCAAAGCAUAGAAGCAAGAGCAAGUCAAAGCCUGGUCAGCAAGCAACCUGCAGGAAUUAUAACAAAACUGGCCAGAUAAAGAAGAACUGUAAAAAUCCUAAGAAGACAGAGAAUUUUAGUGCUAAUGUUGUAACUGAAGAAGUGCAACGUGCACUAUUGCUUACAAUUUAUAACUUCAUUGACGACUGGAUACUAGACUCAGAGGCUUCUUGUUUUGCAUCUUCCAAUAGAGAGUUAAUGGAAAAAUAUGUUGCAGAUGCCUUUGUGAAGGUUUACGUGGCUGAUAGAACAACUUUAAACGUGGUUAGGAUGGGAGAUGUUGAAAUUAUACUCCCUAACAAGAAUAAAGGGAUCUUGCAAAAGAUCAAACACAUUCCUGAAUCGAAAAAGAACCUCAUUUCUGUUAGGCAGCUUAAUGAAGGUGGUCAUUCAGUAGUGUUCUCUAAUAACACCUGA